AUAUUAUAAUGAAACUUAAAUUGUUAGUUUCAAAACGAACGUAUGCAAACCAACUAGAUUAAACUUUAAUGAGUUGUCACAUGUGAGUAAAAGUGAAAAUUUCAAUAACCAUGGAUAUAUUAAAAGCUAUAGGACUACACGAGUUCAAAAAUUGGGAUAUACUGAGGAGAUUAUUAUCAGAACUUAUAGGGACAUUUCUAUUGAUAACAAUUUCGCUCUCAGGAAUACAUGAAAUAAAAUCUGCAGUUGGUUUCGCACUAGCGAAUGGAUUACUUUUAGCUUCUAUCAUAGCAUAUACUGGCCAUAUUUCUGGUGGACAUGUGAAUCCAGCUGUGACUCUUGGAAUGUUAAUUUGCAAUUAUAUAAAACUGGUCCCUGCUCUGUGCUACGUAGUCGUCCAAAUAGUUGGAGCGUUGUUAGGCCAAAUGGUAGCACGAUGGAUUGUUAUGAAAGAUUACAAGAGGAUAAGUUCGAGGAAGAUGGGGGAUCGGUGGGGGAUGGAGCGGUCGGAGUUUGGGUUGGAAGUGCUGGAGACGUUUUUGUUGGUGUCGGUGGCUCUGAGCGUGACGGAUCCGAGGAGGAGUGCUCGGGGUGUUGGUUCUGCCGGUUUAGCCAUCGGUCUCAGUGCAGCAGCAUCUCACUGCGCAGUGACAGAAUACAAAGCAAGCUUGAACCCCGUUGGACAUCUAGCAACGUCAAUAUACCUAAAAUCUUCUACCAACUGGGUCUAUUGGGGCGGACCAAUGCUCGGCGGACUGUUAGCUGGACUGGUGUACAGAUUUAUCCUGAGUUAUAGUAGACCUGCUAGUAUUCAAGUUAUUUAUAGGCCGUGAAGUUAUCAAAAUAAUUGAUCUUAAUAAAAAUCUCAAAAAUAAGACACGUCUUUGAAUCUAGUUGGACAGCUACGUCAAUAGACCAGAAAUCAGCAGUCGUUGAGUUACUGCCCGAGUACAGUAGUAGACUUACUCAUAUUCAGUUCAGUUUUUAAAAAUUGAAUGGAUUCAGUCCAGUGGGACUAUUUAGCCAGUGUCAAGGAGUUUGAAGCUAUAUACGAGUGUACGAAAAAUGUUGUACGGUUAGUACAAGAUAGUGUACGGUUCAGUGAUGGCCGAACGUUAAUAACAAUUGACCAUUGACCAUUACAAAUUGAACCGUAAACCGUAACGGAAGGUUACAGUUCAAUUUGUAAUGGUUAUAGGUCAAUUCUAAUUAACGUUAGGCCCACACUGGUACGGUUAUUUUCUUUAUUGGCUCUUGUAAAGCGAUAGCUGAACUUUAUAAUAGAAUAGGCCACGUGGGUAACCUGGCGUAGCGUUGGCUCCAGUGUGAAACUCGUAUCAAGAUUAAUUCUUCAUUAUCCGCACUCGCUAUCAAUUUUACACAUUAAACAACAUUAAUGAGCAGAAACAAAUAAGUUAACCACGAGCUGAUGUCACCAAGAUGGCGGUUGACAAGCAUUUAAGAUAUUUAUAAACCGUGAAUUAUCAAAAUACCCACCAAAAUAAUUGAGUUUACUUUUAUGUCAAUAAAAUGUCACGUGCACACUGAAACCGUAUUGAAUCCUGUGAAACAUCU